AUGGCGGCUGGUCAUGUUUCGGCGAGCUCCUUAGGUAAUCUCAAUUUUCUUGUAAAGUGUGUGGAUACGAAUACGAUAAAAUCACUUAAGGAUAAAGCUCACUUGUUAUUUCAAGGAAAGGACGGCAUAGUAUUUAAGGAUUUUGUAGUAAAUAUGUUAGAAGAACCAAACAUUGACAGUCCUAAUUCGAAUGGAAAGUUUUCGACUCAAACGGCUGAUCCAGUUGCCGAACCUUGUGAAAAGCAGUGUGAAAUCGUUGCAGAUACUAAAGCUGCAAUUGAGCCAGAGCUACAUAUAUCUAGUCAUCAUACCUGUGAUUGUAACCCAUGUGGAAAUGACAUUAAGAACGUCAAGCAAGACAUUGAAGAUUUGCAGAAACAAAUUAUAGUUCUAUUAACAAUGUUUUUGAUUCUAUACAAACGGCAUUAUAGAGUCAAUCAGUGA